AAGUUCGAAACGGAGCGCGUUUCCUCGCGCGCUUGGUAACCUCUCUCGGCGAUUACCGAACGAUUACCAAAGCAUUAUCGAGCAGCCGAUAAUCAAACGUGACGGGAUUGAGCGCGCCGUUGCGCCGUCGAUCACGAUCGAUCGGCGCAAUCGUCCGUACGCCGCGGCGAUGUCCUAACCGGGUUUUAUCACUACACCGAAUAAUCGGCGCUGUUCGCCGAGCCGAGCCGGUGCUCGAUCGUUGCGGCUUCGAUCCGCCGCGUGUGUUUACCAUGCGUGUUUACAUUUUUUUCGGCCAAGUGAACCGUCCACGGAAAUCCUGAGCAACCGGCACGCGUUCCGGCAUUUUCUAUCAGUGAGCCAUCGUGUCCCGGUUAAAGCGCGGUUAACCAUGACCAAACUCUGCUGUAUGGGCUACUCGUUGGCGGCCAGGAUGAUCGGCACGUACACCAUGUCGAUUUCGAUCCUGAUAAUCAACGUGCUAAUGAGCGACUACUUCUCGAGACCGACCGACGACAGUUUCUUCGACUCGGUGUCGGAUUGGUCCCUGCUGGGCCUGAACUGGAUGCAGAUCCUGGGCAACCUGCGCGUGGAAAAGAAAGCGGAAACGGCGGUGGUGUUCCUGCUAUUGUACGCGAUAUUAUUGUUGCUGGCCAGCGCGUAUCUCGCCUUGGGAUCGAUCUCGAGGAGACCGAAGUGCGCCGUGCCUUGGAUGUAUUUGCAAAUGAUUAGCAUAAUAGAUCAGUCUGUGGCGCUGGCUAUUCAUCUGACGCACGGGUCGCAGUACGAUGUUUACGAUAAAUCGGUAUGGUACAUUCCAGUGUCCAGCAUCUAUCUGAUGUUCAGCGCGUACAUCUGGACGGUGGUGCAGGUGGCACGGAAGGACUGGUUGGACCAGGAAGAGCCGGACUCCGGCGACGACGUCGACUUCGUCGAGGCAACAUCGUCGACGGACGCGAACAGCGAGCCGAAGACGCCGUCCUUCCUCUCGCAGAACUUCGCGAUGUUCCACUCGCCUCGGCCGGAUUCGAUCCUGCCGAAAUAACGAUCCCGGAGGAUCGGGGACAGGCUGCUAUCGCGAAGUGCCUAAUUGCUGGCGCAAACCGGCGGCCCGCGCGUGACACCCGCACGGUUUGGACGUUCGACGCGUUUAUUUCGAGUCGCCACGAGGAACGGCCGAUUAAACGGCGUCCCCGCGGGAAGACGCGAACCUUGAAUUCGCGUAAUAACCAUUGAUCACUUUCCCGGACUAAUGGAACGUGCGCGGAGGGACGGCCGAACUACCCAGAAACGCGAUGAAUCUCGGCCGGCCCCGCUCCACGGGGAGAAUGUAUGUAUAAUAACGCGAGCGGGCUCGAUAAAUCAGCGCCGGGAUGCGACUAAUAGAGUGUAUCAAAUGCGACCGCGGCGGAGCGCGGCUGCAUAGAAAACAUGAGGGAUGGCCGCGUUUUACGUCGAAAUACUUUUAAACUUCCGGGAAUUUGAAUCGCGCGCAAAGCAUAUUCCCCGCCGCGCCGGCAGGAACGCCGUCUCCUGGAUGGAGAGGUCGAUUUGUCCGAGAAUGGUCGGAACUUUUCGCGAAACUCCCGAGAAUAAUGAUCGAGCGCGCACAAUGGCCCCGAUAGGAAAAGUCGCCACCGAUUUAUUUCGGCCGUUUGCCCCUCCCCCCGCGGGAUCGUUCGCUUCCCGGCUAUAUCGGGGCUACGGGAUCGCGAAUGCGACUUCCGGUGCGACGCGGAUUAGAAUCGUUUUUUAGGCUAUCGCGAAGCGUUUUGCAAUUUUUCUAGCGAACGAUUCGGAGCGCGACGUUUCUCGCACCAGAAUCUCGGUGUAUUUCUCUGUUUCCUCUGUUUUUGCUAAACGGCUGAACCGGAAUACGGAUGCGCGGCUCGAGGGACGGUCUUCCGGUUUCGGAUAACGAAAGGCGCUAAGAGAUCGUGUCCGAAAGUGGAUCACGGUCCCGAGGUUCGAAUUAGCGAACCGAAGAUCGCGUUCUAAGGCGGACUAUGAUCUCGAGACCACGAAACAUCGAUACUAAAUAUCGUUGAUUUCUGUAUAACGUUUACCGCGGACCUGUGCAGGAUCGUUAGAAUACGUUAUACGCAAAGUGUCUCGCCGUUUCCUUUAUCUCUAACGGCGAAGAUCGCCGCGAAAAUUAGUGCCUCGUUAGGGAGUUCCUGGUUCAGGCAUCUUCUGGAAGACGAGGUGGACAGAGAAAUACACGAAGAGUCCUCGGGACUUGUGAUAUUUCACGUUCUUCCCGAAGAAAAAAUUGCGCAAACGAUCGAGCGCCCCGAAAAUUAGUGCCUCGUUAGGGAGCUCCCAGUUCAAGCAUCUUCUAAAAGACGAGGUGGUCAGAGAAAUACGCAAAGAGUUCUCGGGACUUGUGAUAUUUCAUGUUAUUCCCGAAGAAAAAAUUGCGGAAACGAUCGAGCGCCCCGAGAAUGGCACGCCAAGCAAAUGGCGCGCCGUAGUCAAGACUUCGGAGAAAGAUUUUAGUCGAAUCGCGUAGCCAACCCUUUGCGAUCGGCGACCACCGCCGACUGCACCGCUCGAAAUUAACAAUCGAAAGUUAUAAUGGGGAAACUGACGAACGAACGAAAAGGAAUAA